CCGUGUACUUUGCGGCCAAUGGAUUUUCGUUUUGAAAUGAGAAAACCAAAAUCGGGAAACGAGCUGUUUCCCGAUUACCAUAUAGAGAUAGGAAAACAAAAAUCCGAAAAUGACCCAUUUUCCGAAUUUUGUUUUGAUAAUAGAAAACGGAAAACGGUAAAACGACCAGUUAUCUGAUUUUCUUUGAUGUGCUUAAACAUGGACAUCGGGAAUUAAAAUACUGCGUGGAAAUCUUCUUUCUCAAUUUUGCGAAUAUUUUUGUGUUGUGACCCGGAAGCUAUCAGUAGUUGGCGCGCGGUGUAUUUAAUUUGGAGCCAAGCUAUCAGUAGUUGGCGGUGUAUUUAAUUUGGAGCCAGACAUCCUUGAGACGCACCUCAAAAUGGCAUUGCACGAAUAUGCAGGUUUUAUUUCAGAACACCGAAAUAAUGGAAUGUCCUGUGGGGAUAUCGCCACUGCGUUAUGCACCCAGUUUGGAACUACACGGGGGUUUUCCGAGAGGAAUGUGCGGAGGUGGUGUGCUGAGCAGGGGCUUGUCAGGGACUUCUGCCCUGAUAGUCAACUUGAAGUUGAAGUCGCUGAAGGUAUUCUCGAGACUGGAUCGUCUUUUGGUCGAAAAAUGAUGACUGGAUAUCUAUCCGCAAAAGGGGUUAAAGCUUCUGAAGGCAGAGUGGGCAAUGUGUUGAGAAGUAUUCAUCAACCCUACCACAUUGCAAGACAGCAGGGUGCCCGGAAUCUGAACCCCAUACCCUACAAUGCAGAAUACAUGGGUCACAAGCUGCAUGUAGAUCAGAAUGAGAAGCUUGUUAUGUUUGGAGUGACUCAUGUUAUGGCUAUCGAUGGUUUCAGCAAGAAGGUGGUCGGUCACUCCACCAUGCCAAUAAAGAACAACAUCGUGAUUUAUGAGGAAGUGUACCGGCCUGCUGUUCUUUCCUAUGGAAUAUGGGACCAGGUCAGAGUUGACUGUGGGAAAGAAUUCUAUCUGGCUUUAUUCAUCCAGGAAAAACUGGCAGAACAUCGACACAAUACUCAAAGGCAGCCCUACCUUCAGACACCUUCUACAAGGAACCAUGUGAUAGAGAGAAUGUGGUCGGAGGUGAAUGCUCGAGUCAACUACCCUUUGAAGACAGCUCUGGUACAGCUGGUGGACCAGGAGGAACUGGACAUGGAGGACAACACAUCCAGGUAUUGUGUGUCAAACCUGACAUGCCAGCUGGCUAGGAUUGGCAUCACAAAUGUCGUACAGGCAUGGAAUGCACACAGGAUCCCAGGAAGGGGAAUACCAAACGAACUGGCUAAAGAAGGGUGUCCUGCAAAACUUUCUGAGGACCUUCUGCCAGUCGGUGCAGUUGCAGCUGACCUGUAUCAGCAGGAAAUGGGAUCAGCCUUGAAAAGAGAAUCCAUUUUUGGAAGUGAUCCUUUCCCCUCUGAAGAAGCCCAACAAUGGACUGAAACUGAGUUUGGUUCUCUCUUUGAUUUGCUAUCCCUCUUCCAAAAUGUGGUUAACCAUAACUAUGGCCCUUUUAAAAAUGCAGUGAGGUCUCUGAUUGAUAUCACCUCAAGACAUGUGCGACCUGUUACACAGUGACCUGCAAUGGUCAAUGAAGAAGCAGUAUACCAAAAAUAACAUUUUAUUACAACAAUGAUAAAGUGGAAGUUGUCUUUUUUUUCUUUUCGUUUUUUUAAAACGGUCACACACAAUAUAAACAUUACAACAAACAACAUCUUUCUGGUCAUGUACCCAUAAUAACAUCCAACAAACAAACUGAGGUAGUUCCAGUAAUGUAAACAUAACAAACAAUAACAAACAAUUAUCUAUCAAAUCAAAUCAAUUUCUCUCUCCUUGAAAAGUGACAAGGCAGCAGAGAGACCCUUCACUUCAUGUAUUUUAUUUUCAAAGUCUCCUGCCCUGCAUUUCAAGCAGUGGUCUGAUGUGACUAACCACAGCUCCACACAGGUACGACAUCCAAUUAUCGAUUCACAGCAUGUGGCGAACAUGGGAUCUGCCAUUACAGCUGCAAGGUUAAAAAAAUAUAUAUUAUAAAUUGAUGCAGAAAAUAACAUUUAAUUGUUAGUUGCAAUAUAGAAGGAAAUUAACUAAGCAAUCAGAAGUGUGUUUUAUCGCAGAGUGAAUGUUGAAGAUGGCGAUGAACACCCGUGACAGCUGGUCAGCGCAGUGCUUGAGGGUGGCAGGCGGCUAUGUUUUGUACUGUAGAAUGACCUACUGUUACAUAUCUUACACGUACCUUUACACACAAGACAUGCAAAGGCUUCCUUUAAGGGCUGCAAACCGACAUUUGCCAUUAUCUCCUCCUUUUGAGACUUGGCCAGCUGAGACAGCUGGUUGAUUGAAUUAGUGACCUCUUGGAGACUCCCGGCGGCUUGCUUCAGCUGGUCAACACGUCCAAGGACCUCCUGCAGGCUUGAAUCUCCAUCCCUUCGACUUAAAUGUAUGAACAGAAAAGAAAGGAUUAAAGAUUUUUUUCAAAUGGUGCAUAUGAACAAAUGUUUGAAUAUCUUUCUGAAUAUUUUAUAAAUCUUAAUUUACUCUGUAAAAGCGUCAACCUAUGAGACAUUGUUGUCAUAUAAUUGAAUCAUAAUGACUUCAUUCAUGAUCAUCACUCAAAAAAGCAGACCAAAUUAAGUUCAAAUAAUAAUUAUUCUUCCACUCUACUUUCUUUUUCCUUUCUUAACUUUUGCAUUACACUGGUAUUUCCUUCAGGAAGUUUUAGUUCAUAUAUGAAUUUGCCUACAGAUCAAAUGUUGUAUUACCUUGUUU